UUAUGCUUAAAUAGUCUAUCGUAUACUUUCAUGUAUGAUGUGUUUAUUGAAUUCAGUUGACUAAGUAUGCGAAUAUCAUACACGUUUAUAUUUAUUGCAACCUAUUAUUAUAUAUAAGUAAAUUAUAUAGAAAUAUAUUCAAGUUGUGUAAUACAGAAAGUUGCUACUGUUUAACUUGUGUUUUCAUGUAAUAUCUACAGAUGUGAAGUUUAUAACUCAACACGUGGAUUAUACUUUUAUAAAUCCCUCGAAUUGUGCUUUUGUUGAUGCUCUGUUUGCUUAGAAAUUAUUGACAUUAAUAAAGAUGUCGUUAACAAGAUAUGUUUUGUGUGUGUUAUUGUUAGUGUUUAUGCAAACUGAAUCAAUAAGUGCAGCAUUAAGGAAGGGUGCUUGGAGUAAAUGGGGCAAAUGGACAGAUUGUUCAGUACGAUGUGGUACCGGAAUAUCAAAAAGAGAAAGAAUAUGCGAGAAUCCAUACAGACCAUCCAUGGCGUCAUCGAGAGUAGAUAAAUCAUUAAUUUGUGAUGGCCCUAAACAUGAAAUAGUUGUCUGUAAUACACAGAAAUGUCCGGUUUCUAUACUGGGCAUUAGAGAAGAACAAUGUGCCAGUUAUAACCACAAAAUAUUCUCUGGGAAAAACUAUAUAUGGAAACCCUUCAUCAAUCCCAUGGCACCAUGUGAAUUGACUUGUCGACCAGAUGGACAGAGUUUUUAUGCUCGUCUGUCUGAACGAGUUACCGAUGGCACUGAAUGUAGUUUAAAGAAACUAGCUGUUUGUAUUCGUGGACAGUGUGUGGAUGUUGGAUGUGACGGAGUUGUUGGAUCGCAGACUGGAGUUGACAAGUGUGGCGUAUGCAAGGGGGAUAACUCCAGUUGUCAAACUAUAUCUGGUAUCUAUACACAAAACGAAGUAGCCGUCGGUUACAAUAAAAUAAUUGACAUUCCUAUUGGUAGUACAGACAUUAACAUAACGGAAUUAAAAACAUCUACAAAUUAUUUAGUUUUGAAAAAUCAAGACGGAUCUUACAUCAUAAACGGAAAUUAUAAGAUAACGACAUCUGGUGAAUUUCACGCUGCUGGAACUACAAUCAAAUAUUCUAAACGAUCUAAGUCCUGUCGUGGAGAGUGCAUUUAUGCCGCUGGACCAACUAAUGAAAACAUACAGCUGCAGAUUUUGGCUUAUCAUAAAAAUCCCGGAGUAAUGUAUAGUUUUAAUGUACCAACUAAUGUUAGUGAUCCCUACUAUAAAAGAAUUUUGGAAAGACAAACGGGAGAGGUGGUUAAUUUGAAUAAUAAUGGCAAAAUUGAAACUGGAGAUACCAGUCCAACGUCUGUAACCAAACAACAACAACAACAAAAGCCACAACAACCCUCGCGGUUAUUAGGCGUUGAUAAAAAUUCUAGACAAAGCGAUCAGGGAUCCGAGGAGUCAGUCAAAGAAGCUAUGAUUGAUUCUAAGAGUUCGGAAGUAAUAGACACUGUUGAGCUGGGAGCAAACUACAAAAACUCCAUAAUGGAUGAUAGUGAAGGAUCUGACUAUUUCCCCGAUGGCGUAACGGGUUCACAAGCCGAGAGAACUCAUUUGACUGAGCCCGGGGCUGCCCAAGAAACCGUGAGAUCAGUAGGGGUAAAGACUCCGCCUUCAGCCCUCCGAUCAUACGAUAAAAGUAGUUUUACAGUUAACCACAACAAGCCACAACACGAUAGUGCUCAUACAAGCUCUCGUUCAUUCUCCAGAAUAAGGCGCCCACUGUUUUCACAAAGCUUUACCUUCCGUGACAGAUUCAGACCCCACGUUGAUAACAGGAGACGUGAACAUAGUCAUAAUCGCCAUUCAUCAGCAAUAAACAUACAUGACACAGGGAGAUUUAGAAAUACAAACCAACAUAUCCAAGCAAACAGUGGUAGCUUUCCCAGUCGUCAACAAAAUUACAAUCAACAGCGUCAGAGUUACUACGAUAGACGAACCCGCCGACCAACAGCUGCUCCGCAAAGACCAUACUAUCCCACCUCUGCUCAACGUCGCUACCCAACUCCAAGACCUCGGGUUUAUCCUACAGAUUCUCCAGUAUCGAGGGACAGUGACGAAACCACACGAUCGCAGGGGCGAUAUAAUUAUAACCUACAUGGAUAUUUCCGAAAACCAUACGAUCGAGUGACAAUUCACCCACCGUAUAAACAUACGGCCCUUCCUAAGGUUGACAUUCGUUUAACAUCAGGUCCAAAUAGAUACUUGUAUAACACACCAACAACAAGCAAAUACAGCGAGAUAACGACUGGAACAUUUCGACAAAAUCCAGUUUAUGAACGUAAGACAACAGAAAAACGACAAUACAUUGAAACAAGUACAACACCCACAACAAUACCCACUCAACGUCCAAUAGUUGUCCAUUAUCGUACACGAGCUUCUAAGACAACCGAAAGGACAACUUUACCCCCUACAAGUAGAAAACGUCCCAGCGACAGCGGUAGUUCAGAAGCAGUUGUUACAUUGGGAGCCAAUUCCAAAUACCAAGCUGUGUUUGAUUUGAUGAGAAAACCGCCUCGAGAAAACCCACACCAUCAAACAGUUUCUUCUGGUGAUAUGUUAACUGAGCGGAAUAAGGAUGAAGACGAUACAAGUACUGCAAAUAGUGGAUAUUCUGAAAAUAAUGAACAAUUAGAAACCACAGAGGGCAAUUUAAAGGACGAUAAUAUGAAUGUUGAAAAUAAUGAAUACGGAAAAACUAGCCAUGAAGAUACCAAGCACAAAACUGAGGACGUGAGUAUUCUUCAGACUAAUCAGGAUAAACUGAAUAUUGAUGGAAUCGAUAUGCAAUUAAAUAACAAAGAAAACAUCGAGGAAGCCGACAAUGGUUAUACUGAAAGCGACAACAGUGACGAGGACUACUACGAUGUUGAAGAAUAUGAUGACGAGGACUAUUAUGAUGAAUCAGAGAUUAACCAUGAAUAUGAUGUCGACAAUGAAGAGGAAGUGGGAGAAAAUAACGAAGGUUAUGACAAAGUUAUAAGCCCAAGUACUGUUCAUGGCAGUAAUUAUGGACCGUUUGAUCAAGCCAUUGACCCUUUAAAACCAGGGCUCAAAUACGAUCAGCAGUACCUACAGACUGAUCUUCAUCAAGCAAAUCCAAAUCUAAGACAACCAAUUAUCCAACCCCCGCCACCACAAUAUGGCACUGUUAUUCCCAGACACUCGGCUUAUCAAGAAUCCAGUAAUGCAGCACUAACGGGGGCUAGUUCCUACUCAAGAAGCAUCGUUCCGAACAGGAUUGACAUUCCAAAUGCAGUUUCUGCCAUUGCUUUACCAGACCGCCAAAAUAACGAGAUUCUUGGUAGUUUGUAUGUGUGGCGAAUGUCUGGAUUUAGCGACUGUACCACAACUUGUGGCGGAGGUCUACAACAAACUAUAGUAGUAUGUGUUGAUACAAGGACUCAGGCUGUAGUGACCAAUGAGAAUUGUCAACAAGUAGAACGACCUGCAGCUAAAGCUGUCACGUGUAAUAGUCGCCCAUGUCCAGCCAGGUGGGAAAUGAGUGAGUGGAGUUCCUGUUCAACAACUUGUGGAUCUGGUAUACAGUCUAGGACUGUUAUUUGUAUAUCCCGGAUUUCACCAACUGUAAACCUGACUAUGUCAAAUGAUCGAUGUGUCAACGAGCUUAAACCAGAUGCCAAACAAACAUGUGAAGUUGACGCUUGCUAUACAUGGAGUACUGGUAAUUGGUCUCGAUGUUCUACUAAUUGUGGUGAAGGUAUGAGAAGAAGAGAUGUGAGAUGUAGUAAUUAUAAUGGUCAUACAGUAACUGAUGAUAGAUGUACACAAAUAAAACCAGAUGUGGAAGAACUUUGUGAUUUGGGUGCCUGUGGUAAAGGUUGGUUUUCUACUGAAUGGCCGCAAGAGUGCCCAUCAACGUGUGGCGAGGGUUUGAAAAAAAGAAAAAUCCACUGUGCUGGGGCAGAUGGUUCAGCUGUUUCCGAAGAUAAAUGUGAUCGCUUGAACAAACCGGAAGAGUCCAAAUCAUGUCGAGCUGAUACACCCUGUGGUGGUGACUGGUUUACUGGUAAUUGGGGAAAGUGUAAUGCUACAUGUGGAUCAGCAUAUCGAUUACGUGAGAUAGUUUGUGUAAAAACUUUGCCUGGCGGUGUGACAGCAGUUGUUAGUGAGGGUAACUGUAAAAACGUUGAGAAACCGUCCUCAUUAGAAACGUGUGAUUUAGAAGACUGCCAACCAGAGUGGUAUAUUUCAGACUGGUCGGAGUGUUCUAAAACCUGUGAUACAGGUGUCAAGACAAGAAAAGUUAAAUGUUUAGAUGGUAAUCAGCAAGUCAGUGCCAAUUGUGAUACUAGUAAGAAACCACGAAUUAGAGAUAGCUGUAACUCGAGAAAAUGUGCAGAAGAUAGUGAUACAACACCAUCUUUAAAACAAAGCGGAGAUGAUAACUGUAAGGAUAGUUUUUCUCAGUGUUCAUUAGUGACAAAGGCCAGAUUGUGUAGAUAUAGUUACUACAAAAAGAUGUGCUGUCAGUCUUGCAAGUCCGAAUCAUAGUCCAAUUGACUUUCAGUAGCCAGAUUUGAUAUGUCUUAAUAGAAAAAAACAGGAAUGUGUAAGUUACACCGAAAGCUUGUGUGGACAAAGACUAGAUAAUGAUCUGCAGUAUAGUUCAUUAAUUUAAUACGCUCGUUUUGUACUACUAAAGUAUGGGAAAACAUUAGGAAGAGUUUGCUACAUAUAAGAAUGGAGGGUUAGAAAUCGACAGUUUCGUAUUCGACUGAUAUAUUAGGAAGCGAUAGUUUCGUAUUAGAAUAUGUAAUCCGGUGUACUGAACUGAUUCGGAAGGCGUUCUCUAAAGCUUACUUUAGCACUGAAUGACUUUGAAAGAGUUUCUGUAAAAAAAAAAACACACACAGAGUUUAUGAUUAAUGUGAUAUGUAUGUCGUUUUAAAUAUAUAAUAUAAUGUAUAUGUGAUAAUGUUCGGAGCUUCCAUUUUUUUUAAAAAAUAUUUCUAUAUGUUUUCAAUUUAAACUAUCUCAAUAUAUGUAUUCAUUAUUUAUAAAUGUAUAUUAGUAUAUCCCCUAUAGAUACUGUGUUGCAAUUUUUGUAUUAGGUUUUUGUUAUUCUGUAUAUUUUAAUAGUUUAGAUAGAUUCAUUACUUUUUAAUAUAAAAACAAUCAUGCUUUGGAGUUGAAUUGUUGUAGCACAUUUUAAAUUUUUAUAUUAGUCUUUAUAUGGCAUUUACUUGCUUGAUUAUUAAGAAUACUUCUGUUUAAUUACUCUAUAUAGAUUAUUUUAAUUAAGAAUUCAAUGUUAAGAAGUGGUCGUUCAUGGGAUCCUUUAAUUUUUUUUACAGAAAAUAUAUAUUUAUAGCCACGUCAUGAACUCGCAUGUCGAUGCAGUAUUUCAAUGAUAUUUUAUGCUUUAAAGAAAGUAUUUGUUAAAACUUUCAAAUUCUACCAAGAUGCUAUCUUUAUCAGAUUUCCUCCCUACACAAUACUAUUUUCAAUUGUCAUGUGUGUAAUGUGAGGAGAGACAGCGGUGUGUUGCUGCACUAUUCCAGCUUGCACGGUUCUAUUUUCGUGCACGCCAAUAUGCACAUCAAGGGACGUCAGUUUAUCCUUGAAGUUUUUAGUACUGUCGACGAGAAAAGAACUUGAAAAUUUCCGAAGAUCCUUCUCGGCCCACAUCGGGAUUCCAACCCGGGGCAUUAUAAUCAAAAAUCAAAUUCUCUAACCGCUCGAGUAGGAAAAAAUAUUAUCUAUAACGCAUAAUAUCAUUGCUUUAUGACUUGUUAGCUAAAUAUGAUGAGAAAAAUCUGUAAAAUUUGAACGGUUUAUCAUUGUUGAUUGAUUUGUUUUAUAAUUACCUUACUGGUGCAUAUAAUACCUUGAACGCUUAUCUCAGUUUAUGACGUGAUCUUCUUCAUGGUCAAGAAAUGAAUAUAUAAAUCUAUAUUUCUAUAUAAUAUAAUAGUCUUUUUGAAAAUACGUAUAUAUUAUAUGCACAUGUAGAUUGUAGUUUCUAUUUAACAUACGAUAUUGUAUUGUAAUAUACAUCAUGUUUUAGGCCAUUAAAAUUUUAUUGUCUUGUA